AUGUAUCCCGAGAACUUCAGCGAAUCAGAUACCAAGCAGAAGACUUCACAAGUUGUAAACCCAAAACCUUUCCUUUUCCAUAACCCCACUCUCUCUCUCAUGGAAGGAAACCAAAAACAAAGGGAGGAAGAAACUGAAGAAAGAGGCGGUCGCGGUGCUGGUGGUGUCGGUGCAUUAUUAAUGGCCGAAGGUGGUGCAGAGGAGAUAGCCAAGGAGAUUGUGGCAGCAGAGAAGGCUCCUCAUCCGUACGCUUUUCAUGUAUCUGGACCUCGAAAUUUGACAGCUCCGAAUUGGAGGGACCUUAUAAACUCUAGUUGGAAGGAUGGGAAUUAUAAACGAACUGUAAUCGCAUGCUUCAUACAAGCAAUAUAUUUGCUUGAACUCGACAGACAAGAGGAUAGAGAUGAAGCAAAUGCUCUAGCUCCUAAGUGGUGGAUACCCUUUAAGUAUAAACUAUCCCAAACCUUAAUCGAUGAAAGAGAUGGAUCCAUAUUUGGGGCAAUUUUGGAAUGGGAUCGAUCUGCAGCACUUGCUGACUUUGUACUCAUCAGACCAAGCGGUGCACCAAAGGCGGUUCUAGCACUUAGAGGAACAUUGCUCAAAGGCCCAACUAUGCGAAGGGAUAUUGAAGACGACCUUCGUUUUCUUGCUUGGGAGAGCUUGAAGGGCUCUGUUAGGUUUAAAGCAGCUAUGGAGGCUUUGAAAUCAGUUGCUGAAAGGUAUGGAAGUAGUAAUGUUUGUAUUGCGGGACACUCAUUGGGGGCUGGAUUUGCUCUCCAAGUGGGAAAAGCAUUAGCCAAAGAAGGGAUGUAUGUGGAAACUCAUUUGUUCAAUCCGCCUUCUGUUUCGCUAGCAAUGAGCUUCAGAAAUAUCGGAGAGAAAGCAGGAUUUGCUUGGAAGAGAUUUAAGUCAAUGCUCCCUUUGAGAAGUGGAGCUCAGGUCAGCAGUGAAGAAGGGGAUAGGACUUCUGGUUUUGGAUUGAAGAAUUGGAUGCCAAAUUUUUCGGGUUUGAAGAAUCCUGGUAUGGGUUUGGGAAAAUGGGUUCCUCAUCUGUAUGUAAAUAACAGUGACUACAUCUGCUGUUCUUAUACUGAGCAUGAUGGAGCAGAAGUAAACAAUGCUAACAAGGAGAAUGUGCGCCCAACAAAUGGUCAAGUAGCAGCAAAGCUGUUUGUGAUGUCAAAGGGGAACCAGAAGUUUUCGGAGGCUCACGGUUUAGAGCAAUGGUGGUCUGAUGAUUUGGAACUUCAACUGGCUAUGCAUAACAGUAAGCUCAUUAGCAGGCAGCUGAAAUCCUUGUAUAGCCUUCCAGCUCCACAACAAACACUUGCUAGAUAA